AUGUUGCGGUCCCACAGAGCCACCCCAGGCGGCGAAAGUCAACCGCCGAAAAGUCGCUCCGCAUCCGCUAAGCAUCAGCAAAGCACAAGCUCGCGUUUAACGCGGAGCCGCAGUCGGGAGCUUGGAGAGGCACCAGCUCACUCGAGCUUCAAGGUUCCCUCAAUUCCACAGAAGAGCGACUAUGCUGCCGGACAGACAUUUGUGCUACGGACUCCAAGGACUUCAGAUGCUUCAUCCAGGGGAAAUGGCCUUUCACCCAUCACGGAGAGUCGUGCCAAUGAAGCAAGACAUAGUCUUGAGUUCUCUCCUAGCCACCAGUCAAAUAUCAGUCAAACGUAUGUCGCCGAAUCGCACGCAGACCAUGGUAACAUCUCCGGCACCACGAUGUUUCAAGCCGACGAUUCUGAACGUGAAGCUGAAGAAGUCGACCUUCACUUAAUACUUGACACUCUCCCUGACCUUCUUACUGCAUCCAAUAAAGCCCUCCGCCUCUUGACACCAUCAGGGCUUUCAUAUGCUAACAUAUCAAAACACUUUCAAACAUCAAAAUUUGGAGCAAGGCUCAAUCGGAUCAAGGAGACAUUUGAUGCGCAAAAGAAAUGCAUGAGCAAAGAUAGCUUCAUCCCUAUCGAACGCUUUGUAGCAGCGUUAUCGUCGAUAAAACCAUUGGAUUGGAAACCACGGGGAAUUUACCAAAAAGCUAACCUGGCACAACUCGCUUUGGACCUAAUCAGACCGCAACCAACUACAUUAAUAGAGGCCGUUGACAACAGCUUCCCAUUUGCGUUCAUUGAGUCGGUCACAUCCUCCAAAGGGGAUGACCUCAAAACAGAAACGGUCCAGCUAGGAUUGGAGAUACGGACCCAACAUUUUAUAGCAAACCUACGGUCUAAAGCGGCAAAUCAAACUUCCAAGCCCGAAGAAUUGUUGGAAGACGUCUUUUUUAGUUCCUCUCUCGGAGAGGACGACGGCGAGAUACGGGGUUGGCAAAUGGACGGCCUCGAGGAUGACAGCUGCUGUAUUCCCGAAGAAUAUCUUGGCAUUGCUGAAGAAAGGAUCGAUUUAAUCCGUAGGUGUCUGGGAAAAGAUGGCGAGUUAGAGGCCGAGUUUCCGUGGUCAGAAUUUGUUGUUGGGAUUGCAGGCUGGAUUCGAGCACAGGCGAGCGACAUCGACAAGCAACUGGAAUCACAGAUGCCGAUUGAAGAGGCGACCAAGAUCUUACAGGCCGAACUGGACAAGCAAUCAAGCUUUGGGCCUGGACAUACCCUGGAUCGUAUCUCGUCACCUAUACUGGAUGAUGUUGAGCCUCCGGCGGAGAGGAACCCUACACCAGAGAGGAGCCCUGCACCUGAGACAUCUGUGGAAACUAGCAAGGAGGCUGAAGAACAGUCACAGGCUAUUGCGAGCCCAAGCCCUCCUCAGCGCCAUCGAUUUAAAGGAAAAGGCGCACUCCAGCGCCUCCUUGGGCUUGGUACUGCGAAAAACGCUCCUCCUAAGCCUGUUACACUUCCAGCCGCGGAAGAAGACGCUCCACCACGGGGCCAGCACAAUGAGCCUACUGCAAAGUUGCUCGAUUAUGAUGAUGACGCACUCUUGAAUGUUGGAGCGACAACCCCAUCACCCCCGCGAGAUUUACAAACUGAGGCUGCACCCGUAAUUACAAUCCAGGGUCCACCCCUAAAGGAUCGAUCCAGGAGUGAGCCUGAAGAGAGAGUUCCCCCACUUUCAUCAUUAGACAUCUUGAGGCUUUCGGAAGAGGGAAUUAGGACUGCAAGGUCGACUAAGCAGGAUAGGCCUCGUGCGGCUUUUAUAGACCGGCAACUUGAUGCACAUAGGGUAUCGCCUAUCAGCACACAAUCUGAUAGACACCUCCCAAAUGGCCCCAAAAAGCGAACCGCUGAAGAUGCUUUCCAUGUCGAAGAGAGUGAGGAGGAUACCGGGUUUGAGACGGACACCCGUCCUCGAAAGCUACGCCGUGAACGUCCGCACAAAACACCGGCUCCCCCACGGCCUACUGCGACGGCAAGCUCUAGUAUAGACUCUACAGCGGAUAGCAGGUUGGCAGCUAGAACCACGUACACGGUUCCGGCCUCUACUGCACCGCAUCGGUUUGAACAAAUAGCUGAGACGUUGCCGGCGUUUAAUGUGAAGAUACGGAGACCUUGGUCCCUUGAAGAAGAAACCUGCCUGAGGGAGCUGAUCGAAGAGUGUGGCCCGUCCUGGGCUAAGAUAAAGGAAUUGGAUAGUAGGGCUGGGAACAUACUGCACAAGCGCUCUCAAGGACAUAUAAAGGACAAGGGUGGGCAGAUGCUUUAUGAUGAUUUGAUGUGA